CUGAGAGACGGCAGAGUGAGGACCUCCGACACAGGACACUUAAGUACACACAGUAAUCCUGCUCUUGGGACGGGUGUGUUAUCAUGUUCUAGCACCAUCCUGUGGCUUUAAGGACAUGGUACUCUCAAUUCUCCAGGUUGUGGUCACUUGUGUGUCCCUCCUGUGGUUUAUAAGAGUGACUGAUGCAAUGCCUGACCCCGUUCAGAGGGAGUUGCUGAUGCGUCAGGAGGCGUCUCGACAGACUGGGGGCAGAGUGACCCUGACACCAGCUGAACAGAAGAUGGAUGCUUACCUCCAUCAAUUAAAGGAGCAGGAGAUGAGUGCUGCUCAGUUUCCACCUGCUAUGCACUUUUUUAAAGCAAAGCCUCUCAUUGAGAAGAGCUCAAUCUUCAAACUGCUGCAGAAGAUGCCUAAAGGUGCAGCGCUCCACAUCCACAAGUCCACUCUAGUCGGUGUCGAGUGGCUGGUGAAAAAUGUCACAUACAGACCAAACUGCUACAUAUGCUUCACUUGGGACAACUCGGUCCGUUUCUUCUUCUCUGACCGCCAGCCUUUCCCACGAUGGGACUGCUUCUACUGGCAGCUACUGGAGACCUUGAGAGCCAAAACAGGAGAUCCUACUGGCUUUGAUAACAGUUUAAAGCAGCACCUCACACUGUUCACUGAGGAUCCAGAAGGGGAAUACCCAAACCAGGAUGUUGUUUGGGAGAAGUUUGAGAAAGCCUUCAUUGCAGCUGCAGGGUUAAUCACACACACGCCCGUGCUGAGGGACUACUUCUACAGGGGCCUGGAGGAGCUUCGGCAUGACAACAUCAUGUAUCUUGAACUGAGAAGCGGUCUCUCAAAGACAUAUGAGCUCGACGGAACCAUACGCGACAAAGUCUGGACUCUGAAAAUCUUUCAAGAAGUUACAAAGAAAUUCAAAGCAAAUCAUCCAGACUUUCUUGGAGCUCGUAUGAUAAUUUCUGUAAACAGAGCUUUGGGUGUAUCUGAGGUCAAAGCUGCAGUGAAAGAGGCAAUUCAGCUCCAAAAGGACUUUCCAGAAGUUGUUGCAGGAUUUGAUAUGGUCGGCAGGGAAGACAGCGGUAGGACUCUUUGGUACUUCAGGGAGGCUCUUUCUCUGCCUGCUGAAUCAGGGGUCAAGCUGCCGUACUUCUUUCAUGCUGGCGAGACAGAUGAUGAAGGCACAGAUGUGGAUCAAAACAUUCUCGACGCCCUUCUGUUCAACACCACACGCAUCGGUCACGGCUAUGCUUUAGCACAUCAUCCGCUCGCUAAAGAACUUUCGAGGAAAAAAAACGUGGCUGUGGAGCUGUGUCCCAUCUCAAACCAGGUGCUGAAGCUGGUAUCAGACCUUCGGAACCACCCUGCAGCCGUGCUGAUGUCCGAGGGCCACCCUUUAGUGAUCAGCUCUGAUGACCCGUCCAUGUUCGGGACCACAGGCCUCUCCUAUGAUUUCUACGAAGCCUUCGUUGGCAUCGGAGGGUUAAAAGCAAAUCUGGGCACUCUGAAGGAGCUUGCUGCAAACUCUAUCAGGUUCAGCUCCCUGCCAGCUCAACUGAAAGAAACAGGUCUGGCUUUGUGGCAGAAACAAUGGGACGCCUUCAUCGUUGCUAAUUCAUGACUAAUAAUAAUCCCCCUUUGGAUCCUGUUUGACUUGAAUAAUGUUUGUAAUAGAAUCAAAAAUAAGCUUACAUCUACAGAUCAUGAGCAGUCUUUAUUUCAACUCUUCAUUGAACCUUGUGGGGAAAAGGCUGACAAGAUGAUGACUGAGAAUAAGAUUGAAUCAAACUGAAGGAUCCAGCUCCCAACUUCUCUCCUAUCCUUGAACUGCCACGUUGUCCAGAACAAAAUACUAAACUUGUCUCAAAGUCGAGCAGCCAUUCUUGAUCUUUGGUUCGUGAGUUGUCUUGUCUUCUCCCUUCCGGUCUCUCAGGUUUCCUUGACUAGAUGUUGUAUUUUCCAGACCUGACCAGUGCAUUGCUGAACAACAAGUCUGUGAAAGCCGUCUUCACCCUUCGCCACUUCAACGCAUCUCUUUGUUGCUUUGUUUUGGAUUUGUCCACCCUGGGAUUAAAAAAAGAAACCACA